AUGCAUCAAAUUAUGCUUAUGCUCAAGUCUUUGAGCAGCAAGUACCAGUAUGACAAGUCCUUGAGCAGCAAGUACCAGUAUGACAAGUCCUUGAGCAGCAAGUACCAGUAUGACAAGUCCUUGAGCAGCAAGUACCAGUAUGACAAGUCCUUGAGCAGCAAGUACCAGUAUGACAAGUCCUUGAGCAGCAAGUACCAGUAUGACAAGUCCUUGAGCAGCAAGUACCAGUAUGACAAGUCCUUGAGCAGCAAGUACCAGUAUGACAAGUCCUUGAGCAGCAAGUACCAGUAUGACAAGUCCUUGAGCAGCAAGUACCAGUAUGACAAGUCCUUGAGCAGCAAGUACCAGUAUGACAAGUCCUUGAGCAGCAAGUACCAGUAUGACAAGUCCUUGAGCAGCAAGUACCAGUAUGACAAGUCCUUGAGCAGCAAGUACCAGUAUGACUCUGACAUAGUACAUGCAAUGUAA